UAACUGGUCCUCUUAAUAUUCCUUCAAUAUAAAAAAUAAGAUCGUCAUGUACAUGACUUGAUUUUAUCUUUAUGCACAACUAUAUAAUAAAAGUCUUAUAUAGAGAGAGACUAGACACACACAGAGAGAGAUCUCCUUGUAGUACGGGCUUCUUGUAAGUUUGAGUUUGAGUUUGAGUUUGAGUUUUGAGUAUUGAGUAUGGACAGGUUCGGUUUGAGAGACUGGUGGAGAAGCCAUGCAACUUGGCGAACAGCGUACAUACUGUUUCUGGGUCAGGUUGUGUCUUUUGUAAUGGCUCUCAUGAGCUUCACUUCGUCUCUCAUAGCUGAUCUUGGUGUAGAUACGCCUCUUACUCAAACUUUGUUUGGUUACUUCGUUUUGGCUUUGGUUUAUGGAAAUCUUUUGUUGUAUAGGCGUCAGAGACUAAAGGUUUCUUGGUACUGGUAUCUCAUUCUAGGUUUUGUGGAUGUUCAAGGGAAUUAUCUUGUUAACAAAGCGUACCAGUUCUCAUCAAUUACUAGUGUGACAUUAUUGGACUGCUGGACAGUAGCAUGGGUCAUAGUUCUGACAUGGUUCUUCCUAGGCACUCGAUACUCCUUAUGGCAGUUAUUUGGUGUAGCCCUCUGUGUGCUUGGCCUUGGUUUAGUGCUCCUCUCUGAUGCUGGGGUUGGUGGUGGAGGUGGCUCAAAACCUCUGCUAGGGGAUAUUCUUGUCAUUGCAGGGACAAUUUUCUAUGCAUUUAGCAAUGUUGGUGAGGAAUUUUGUGUUAAGAAAAAAGAUCGCGUUGAAGUAAUUUGUAUGAUCGGUGUUUAUGGAUUUCUAGUGAGUGUGGUUGAAAUAUCUGUACUGGAGCUAAAGAGUUUGGAAUCAGUUGAGUGGUCUGUAGCUAUUAUAUUAUCCUUUUUUGGCUAUACUGUAGCUACCUUUAUGUUCUACUCCCUCGUUCCUUUCGUUCUUAAGUUAAGUGGAGCUACAAUGUUCAAUCUCUCUAUCCUAACAUCUGACAUGUGGGCAGUGGUCAUUCGAAUCUUUUUCUACAAACAGCAGGUCGAUUGGUUAUACUAUCUCGCUUUUGCCAUUGUAGUUGUGGGACUCAUCCUUUAUUCAACAACUGAGAAGAAUUCUGAUCCUGCACCAUCUCUCGAAGAUGGAAACUCCAAUGCACAAUAUCAAGUACUUACUGAUGAAAGUGAAGGAUCAGGAUCUAGAAAUGAGACUUUGGCUUCAACAACACAACCAUAAAACUUUCUUUUUUUGGUAAUAUAUAUAUUUUGGUAAUAACCAACCAUAAAACUUUGCAAAAGGUGUAAUCUGGAAAGACUGUUAGAGCAUCAAGCAUACAUCCAACCAAAUCAACAAAGACGACUUCGAUUUUUAUGGGCAGAUUCGUUGAAAGGAUGCAAUAGUUUUUUGUCUGUACUCUGUAGUAAGCAGAGCUAUUUUUGUUAGCCAAACUUAAUAUUCAAUAGAAUUUUAGUGCACCUAAUCUCAUGCCUAAGCAGAGCUAUUUGAUGUAUUAAUAUUGCAUUGUCAUCCAAAUAGUUGUAAUCCACGCCAGUGUAAUUCUCCUA